AAACCCAUGUGGGAAUGGCUGAUCUGGGAUCGGGGGGUUGGGCCGCUGAACACGAGCGGACCGUUAAAGUGUGUUUUUAAUGUCCGCCAUGUUGGCCAUGGCGCACUGAGCCUGGAAUCAGGGACCGGAGCGCGCUGGAGACACACACCGAGAGAGAGCGACCCACACCCGGCCUUGCGCUUCCGCUCGCCCCGCCACCUCCACCGAGCGACCCGUGCACUGCUGGACACCGAACCGGCAUCAUCCAUGAGAACUUUAAUCGGACCAGUAGGGAACAUUAGGGGAUCGGAUACAUUUAUGCUGCAUCUCGAAUUAUAAAGAAAAAUGAGUAAACUGUCGUUUCGGGCGCGAGCGCUGGACGCUUCCAAGCCUCUCCCCGUCUUCCGUUGCGAGGACCUGCCCGACCUGCACGAAUAUGCGUCUAUUAACCGGGCAGUGCCACAGAUGCCCACAGGGAUGGAGAAAGAGGAGGAAUCGGAACACCAUCUCCAGCGGGCCAUCUCUGCUCAGCAGGUGUACGGGGAGAAGAGGGACAACAUGGUGAUUCCCGUCCCAGAGGCUGAGAGCAACAUCGCUUACUAUGAGUCCCUCUAUCCGGGGGACUUCAGGAUGCCCAAACAGCUCAUUCACAUACAGCCAUUCAGUCUUGACACAGAACAGCCGGAUUAUGACCUGGACUCUGAGGACGAGACAUUUGUAAAUAAACUGAAGAAGAAGAUGGAUGUGGGAGCCCUGCAGUUUGAAGAGAUGAUCGACCGGCUGGAGAAAGGCAGCGGACAGCAGAUGGUUUUAUCCAAAGCAACUUGCAUUGCAUUGAAGCCGGUGUCUCUGCAGGAGGCCAAACUCUUGUUGAAGGAGGAUGAUGAGCUGAUAAAGGAAGUGUUUGAGUACUGGAGCAGGAAGAGGAAAGCAUGUCAGAGCGGUUCUCUCAUUCCUGUGGUCAAACAGGAGAAGCGUGACGGCUCCAGCACCAGUGACCCAUACGUGGCCUUCAGGCGCAGGACGGAGAAGAUGCAGACCCGGAAGAAUCGUAAGAAUGAUGAAGCUUCUUAUGAGAAGAUGCUGAAGCUGCGCAGAGACCUGAGCCGAGCCGUCACCAUCCUAGAGAUGAUCAAGAGACGAGAGAAGAGCAAACGAGAGCUGCUGCACCUCACACUGGAGAUCGUAGAGAAGAGGAACAGCAUGGCUGAUUUCGGAGGAGAGGUGAUGGCUGAGGUUCUGGCUCAGAGAGCUCUGGAGAAACCAGUCAUCCCUCUGAUCCCAAUCACCAACAGCAACCAGUACAGACACACAGAGCAUGACCGGGACUACAAGAUCAAGAUGGAUAAACCAGAUGUUGUGCGGCAGAAACGGAAGUAUGAGAAGAAGGCCAAGCCAUCGCCGUUGGCAGGCUCGUCCCAUUCUGGCCCGGCAGUCUUCAACACUAAAGACCUCAAUCAGUAUGACUUUCCCAGCUCAGACGAUGAGCCCUACUCACAGAUGCUCUCUGGCUCUUCAGAGGUUGAGGAGGAGAACGAUCCGGAUGGUGUGUUUGGGUUCAGGAGGAGAACAGGCUGUCAAUAUCAUGCUGCGCGUUCGGGACCCGUUGGCGGUUGGCCCUGGUCGGACCCUGUCGAGGGCGGGCUAGCAGAUGUGCGAUAUCGCUAUUCUCUCACCACGCUCACAGUGCCACGGCGGUGUCUGGGGUUAGCACGCCGACGAGUGGGCAGAGGGGGCAGGGUUUUAUUGGACCGAGCCUACUCUGAAUGCGAUACUGUGUAUCAUGGGCUGGACCCAGAUUCCCCCACAUUCCCAUCGUUGUCUCCCACCCAGCAGCCCAGCACGGAUACCUCACACACCAGCACAGAUACCUCUGGCCCCUCCUCCACCUCACCAGACCUCACACAAAUCCUGCUCAAUAUCAAAGCCUGUCGCUGGAGGCAUUUCAAGCCUCGGACGGCACCGCCAGACGACCCCGACAAUCCUGAGCACUGGUCUGCCCGGAGACCCCGCCGCGGCUUCCUCAUCCGCCCCAUCAGCACGCUCCAGACACAGAGAGGCCCCGGCUCCUCCACCAAACCACGCGUCCCUCCUCCCACACCGGCGGUCACCACGGAGCAGUACCAGCAACACCAGGAGCAGCUGGCACUGAUGCAGAAACAGCAGCUUGAACAGGUUCAGCUCCAGCAGCAGGCCGGCAGCGCAGCCAUCACUAACAACCCCCAGAGUUUGGUGUCAAAGACGAUAGAUGCUGCCAGUGCUCAGUUUGCUGCCUCUGCACUAAUGACUCCUGACCAGCUGAUGGCGCUCAAGAGCAAAGAGGAGGGAGUUGGCGUCAAUGGAGUCGUCUCAGCCUCAGGUGUCUAUAAGAGCUUACAUCACACGAGCUCUGCAGUGUCCUCCAUCCUUCCUUCUGCCGCCCCUACCUCCACCUCUUCCCCCUCCCCUGCUGCCACCACCACUAACAAUGGAACCUCCUCGGCCAAUCAUCACGUCGGCACGUCUGGCCCCGCCCCUGGUCAAGCGCUGAUGGGCGGGGCCGUGAGAGUGAGCGUCCCUUCACCAGCAGGGACCUUGAGUGUGCGCCAGCUGCAGCGUCAGCUCACUGUUCCCGCCUCUGCCCUGAAACUCGCUGCCAACGCCAACAGACCCAUCCCAAAAGUCACCCCAGGGUCAACUACCCUCGACAUGGGGCCCAGGGAAAAUCACGAUCAAGAGAAGCCUCCAUUGAACAGUUUGACAGACAACACUGUCGCCAUGGAGGUCACGUAGCCCCGCCCCCUCAAGCGUUCUCAAUCGGGGCGUCUCCUUUAGGUGCUAUGCAUCGUAGCGACGCUGUUUCCGUGGCAGCCGUUGGGACUUAAUUGCAAUGCUCAUCUUUUUUGUUUUCGUCUUUUUCCAAAAUUUUGUUACUGUUAAGAUCUCAACAUCUGUAAAUUAUGAAAAAUGGAAAAUAUUCUAUGUACAUACAUAUUUGUAAUACCACCCCCCUUGUAUAUAACAUUACUUGAAUACAGAAAUUGUUCAUUUGUGAUGUUUUGCACUUGGGAAAAAAAAAUCCGGAAAAAAAAAAACCCUGCGAUUUUCGUAGUGUGCGUGUGUGUUGGAGAUUGUGAAUGUUCAAGUGUUUGUGAGACUGUAUCUGAAUGUAUGUCACAUGCAUGGUGGAAAACCUGCUGUUUUAUCUAUUUAUUGUGAGGUGUUUACAGGUUUCUUUGUUUUCCCCCCUUUAAAUUCUAAAAAAAAUCUUUUUUUAUAUAUACACUGUAACCUCCUGGGUUUCUGUGCAGUGUGUGUAAGCGUGUGCGUGUGCGUGUGUGUGGCUAAUGCAGUUGUAUGUGAACAUCUCUUGUUGGAAAAAAAGCAGCAGGGGUUCAUCUGUCUAUGUCUCUCUCUCGUGGCUGCUCCCACUCAAGCACUAUUUUAUUUUAUUUUUUUUGUUUGUUUAAAUCAAUGCUGCUUUUGUAUGAUUUCUGAGUCUUUUUUCUGGAAUCAGAGAACCUUUUUCACUUGGGGUUUGUGAAACUUAAGUGGGAUUAUUUUUUUAUUACCUCUGUUUUUGAUGACUGAUUGUACGUCCCCUGUGUUAUGGAGCGAGUCUGUUAUUUGUGCGUAACAUUAGUUCAUAAGGGAGAGGACUACAGUGACAUCUCAGUAUGUUUCUUUAUCAUCAUCAUUCCACUUUAUAUGAAAACAAGGAAAACGAACAAAAAAGGGACAUUGUGUUUCCUGUAAGACUUCAUGAUGGCACCCGUGCUGUGGGGCCAGCAUGAGCUCUCUUCUGUGAAGAGGAUGGUACCUCACAAGGCUACUCGUAGUUGUUGUUUGUAUGUACCACAAUCUGAAUGCCCGUUCCAAUGGCAUCAUCUAUCUUUGAGGUGUUUUUUUUAGUCCCACCUGGAAGAAUGAAUAAUUAAAAGAAAAAACGUAUAUGACAAAUGUUUAAUAAACCCAGGGCAUUAAGUGUUUGACCAGCA